CAUCUUCAUAUAUAUAUAUAUCUAUAUCAUAAAUUAAAUUUGCCUCAAAAGGUCAUUCUUACAAACUUCUCUUGCAACCCUAGCUACCAAUCACAAUUACUAUUUAUAGUUAAUUAGUUCCUAAGAGAGAUUAACAAUGGCGGCGGCGGCGGUGGCGGCGGCGACGGAGACGGCAAUGGUGGCGUCGGAACCUCAAUUUCAUGUAUUAGCCGUUGAUGAUAGCAUUGUCGACAGAAAAUUAAUCGAGAAACUUCUCAAGACUUCUUCUUUCCAAGUUACUGCAGUGGAUUCUGGAUUGAAGGCCUUGAAAUAUUUGGGGUUAAUCGAGGAUGACCAGAUCAAUGCUAAUAACGAAUCCAAUAUUCCACUCUCUGCCUCCGAGAAUAAUAAUGAAGUAGAAGUCAACUUGAUCAUCACAGAUUAUUGCAUGCCAGGGAUGAAUGGCUAUGAUCUUCUUAAAAAAAUUAAGGAAUCCAAUUCGGUGAAGGAUAUUCCGGUGGUGUUAAUGUCGUCGGAGAAUAUUCCGGCAAGGAUCAAUAGCUGUCUGAAGGAAGGGGCGGAAGAGUUCUUUCUUAAACCAGUGAAACAAUCUGAUGUGAAUAAGCUGAGGCCACAUUUGAUGAUGAGAAAGAAGAGGAAAGCCGACGACGAUUGCCAUAAGAGCAGAAAGCCAAUGGAGGAAAUUACUACAGUGUAAAUUAAGAAAUCCACAAAUUUAUUAAUUAACAUCGACUAGGGUUUGUAGAUCGAUCACCAUCAUCAAUUUUGUCCAAAGAACGAAGAAGAUCCAUUAGUUAGGAAAUGUUCAUAGGGUUUAAUGAUUUCAUAUUGACACACACAUGUAUUUCUGUUUGUUAAAAAAGUAUUUUGGCAUUAAAGGAAACAAAAAUG